UUGGCCGAAAAUGGCAGGGAAAGUUUCUGUGGAAAAUGACGGAUCUGUGACACAAGAAAGCUCACAAAAGGAGUUGAAUUCUGUGGCCAACGAUCAGCAAAUUCCCAUUGGAAAUGGUGGGCAUGAGGUCGAUUCUGCCGCGUCCGACUCCUCGUCCCCGACGUCGCCCGUCGGUAACGAAUGCGAGGCAAGCUCCGAGGACGCCAACAACGCCAGCAUGGAGGCUACCGGUAACGGCGUAGAUGGCGCCACCGCUGUCGGUGCAGAAGGCAUCACCGAGGAGAUGCUGCAGCACUCGGACGUCGUUGUGAUACAGGAUACGGGUUUCAUGGUCGAGGUGGCCGCCCCCGGCCUCGAGCCGUUCGAACUUCAGGUGAGUUCGAUGGAGCUGGUGCAGGAGAUCCACCAGGUGCUGAUGGACAGGGAGGACACGUGUCAUCGCACCUGCUUCUCACUACAGCUAGACGGAGUCACGCUAGACAACUUUGCCGAGCUGAAGAGCGUCGAGGGCCUGCAGGAGGGCUCCGUCAUCAAGGUCAUCGAAGAACCGUACACGGCGAGGGAGGCACGCAUUCACGUGAGACACGUGCGAGAUUUGCUCAAGUCGCUCGACCCGGCCGACGCCUACAACGGCCAGGAGGGAAUGUCGCUGUGCUUCCUCAACACCGUCACCAACGGCGACAUCCUCGAGAAGAAGAAGGUGCGACCGGAGUCUGUAGACUGUACGCCGCCGGAUUACAUCAUCCCCGACAGCAAGGAGCGACCGCUCACCCCGCUACACCCAAUCUGUAAGGACACAAAGGUGUCGCCUUGCUUGAAAGUGCUCACCCUCAGUGGGUGGAAUCCACCCCCGGGGCCGCGGAAAAUGCACGGAGACCUGAUGUACUUGUAUGUGAUAACCAUGGAGGACAAGCGAUACCAUCUCACUGCCUCAACAAAGGGGUUCUAUGUCAACCAGUCGACUGAGGAGGGUUUCAACCCCAAAGCCGCCCAGCCGAAGCACCUGUCACAUUCGCUCAUCGAUCUCAUGAGUCAGGGCAACGACCUUCAGGGAGUGAAGGCAUACUGGUCGGUCGACCUUGAGGGACUGUACACGCUGGGCACGGUCGUCGUCGAUUACCGUGGUUACCGCGUCACAGCGCAGUCGAUCAUCCCCGGCAUCCUCGAGCGCGAGCAGGAGCAGUCGGUCGUCUACGGCUCGAUCGACUUCGGCAAGACGGUGGUCGCCAGCGAGAAAUACGUGCAGCUGUUGUCCAAAACGGCGAAGCAGUUGAAGAUCAAGCCUCACAAGGUUCUCAACGAGAAGGGUGAGGAGGUGCUGCUCUGCUCAUCCAUCGAGUGUAAGGGCAUCGUCGGCAACGACCAGCGAUACUACAUCCUAGACCUGCUGCGCACCUUCCCCCCAGACGUCAACUAUCUACCCGUGCCAGAGAUAGAGUAUUCGGCCGAAGCCAAGAGGCUGGGAUACCCUAAGGAGCACAAACACAAACUCUGCUGCCUGCGACAGGAACUAGUCGACGCAUUCGUCGAUGCACGAUACCUUUUGUUCCUGAAGCAUGCUGCCUACCAUCUACAGCAGCUGCGAGCAAAACGACAAGAGAAGGAGGGAAGCCAGCCGAAGGAAGACAAAGCAAAGGAAGAGGAGAAAGCGGAGGAGAAGGAGCCGACGAAGACUGCCGAGGAGGAGGAAGGAGGAGAAGCAGAGAAACCCAUCGUCGAACCCAAUGUGAUAUGCAACGGCCACGGCACCGAAACCAAAGACAAGGACCUCGACGGUGUCCUGUGUAACGGCCACCAGCCCGCCGCCGCUGCUGCCGCCGCGGAGAGCAAGAGCGACGAACCCCUGGUGACGGACGAGGAUAAGAAGAUGGUGGAGGCCGUCGUCGAGUCGGCCAGUCAGGAUUCACUGGAGGACAACACUAAGGAGAUAGUGAGGAAGGCUGCGGAGGCGGUCGGCUCGCUCAAGGACACCGAGUUUGACAUCCGCUUUAAUCCGGACGUGUUCUCGCCGGGAAUACGCUUUGUGGACGAUGACCAGGGGGAGCUGAAGAAGGAGCAGAACCUCGUGAAGGAGGCGUCAGAGUUUCUCAUCACGCAUCAGAUCCCGAGUCUCGUGCGCUACUGCCUCGAGCACACGUCCUCACCCAUCGACGGAGAAACACUCUCCGACUUCAUGCAGAUAAGGGGCAUCAACAUGAGGUACCUCGGCAAAAUCGCGGACAUGCUGGCGAAGAUAUCGCAGCUGGAGUAUGUUUAUACGAUAGCCGUGUGUGAGAUGCUGUCGCGGUCGGUCAAGCACGUCUUCAAGGUGUACAUGCAGGGAGUGGAGCAGAUGAGCCUAGCCGGCGCCGUCAGCCACUUCAUCAACUGCUUCCUCGGAUCGUACGCCGCGCCGCAUGCGUCGCGCCUAUGAUCUGCAGACACAAGCACUGCGCAUUCAGCAAAAAAGCGCAACAUCGCGCGCAACAAGCACACGACGUUCGUCAGCAACGACAACACAGAGUGGGUGCACUACACGCCCAAGACGCUGUGGCAGCAGAUCGUUGGAGAGGUGGAGAGCUACUUUGACUUCAGCCUCGGCUGCGACAACAUUGAUGCAGCCAUCGAGAAGUAUUCAAUGCAAAAGGUUUCGCUGCUGCACUCGUUCUGCGUGAAGUGUGGCGUGCAGAUCCUACUGCGGGAGUUCAACAUGGACAGCAAGCACAAGCAGGCGUUCGGCGAGGACGACAUCGUCAACCUGUUCCCGAUAGUCAAGCAUGUGCAGCCGAAGGCGACGGACGCUCACGACUUCUACAACACGGGGCAGGCUAAGAUCCAGCAAGGCUUCCUGAAGGAAGGAUAUGAGCUGAUCUCGGAGGCACUCAACCUGCUGAACAACGUCUACGGGGCGAUGCACCCAGAGAUCUGCACGUGCCUGCGCCUGCUCGCCCGCCUCAACUACAUCAUGGGCGACUACCCCGAGGCGUUGGCACAGCAGCAGAAGGCUGUGCUGAUGAGCGAGAGAGUGCUGGGGGUGGACCAUCCGAACACUAUCACCGAAUACACACAUUUGGCGCAGUAUUGCUUCGCCAACUCUCACAUAUCAACGGCGCUGAAGUUGCUCUACAGAGCGCGCUACCUGGCGCUACUACUGCACGGGGAGAACCACCCGGAGAUCGCACUGCUAGACAGCAACAUUGGCUUGAUACUGCAUGCGGUGGGCGAGCAUGACCUGGCAUUGAGGUUCCUCGAGAAAUCUCUGCAACUGAACACAAAUGAGAUGAUUGAGUUUGGUGAUUUGAUCGGAUGUGGUGAGGAUGCCUUAAGUUUUCGGCUGGAUGUUGAACCCGAUCGGGCAUGUCUGGGAGAGGAACACGACAAGACGAGGGAGAGCUCCGACUGUCUGAGGCAUCUCACGCAGCAGGCCGUCGUGCUGCAGAAGAAGAUGAAUGAGAUCUACAAGGGAGGCGCCCUCAACCAGUUCCCACCGCUGCAGGUGUCGUCUCCGACGAUGGCCGGAGUCUUGGACCUGCUCAACAUCAUCAACGGCAUCCUGUUUGUACAGUUCAGCCAAAAGGACAUCGAACUAUUCCGCCGCGAGCUCGACCGCCGCCAGGGCGGCGACACCGAGCUCGAGGCCGUGGAGGAGAAAGCCGCCGACCCGGCGAUGGCAGACGACGCGGUCAAGGUCAAGGUCGGCGACCAUGUCGAGAAUGGCGUUGCCGCGGAGACGGCGGCAGCGGAGGAGGUAGUGCGGCAGCCGGUGGUGGAGGAGAUGGCUAGCAGAUAACGACGGCGUGCCUGCUAGUGAGUGAGCGAGAGGAAGGAAGAGAGAGCGCGACAUGUCGGCUAGGUGAAGAUUAAGAAUCAGAAGCAGCAGGAAGACACCCAACAGCUAGUUGAAGAAGAAGAGGAUGAAAUAGAUGAGGGAGGAAGAGGAGGAGGGGCAGCAGCAGCAGCAGUAGUAGGACGGCUAGGUUUUACGACGGACACGCGUGCAGACACGACGGGGACUACGGCUUAGAGGGGUGUAUGUGAGUCGCCCAUGCUGUAUCGCUGGCUACCCUCGGCAUGCACGCAGCAACAGAUAUAACAGAGCAGCAACAGAGCACGGACACAAGAUAAACACGGACAGAAUGAUGGCGGAGCAGUUUUGCGCAUCCCGCAUCAUUAUUAAAAACGCCAGAGAGAAGACGACAUAAACAAGUACAGAGAGGUAGAGAGGGACAGAUAGACUGACGGAGAGAGAGAGAGAGAGAGAGAGAGAGACGUGGCGUCGCAGCGUCACCAUAGAGCUGUCGCCGUGGCGACCGUGACGGCGACCGUGUCCCGUUUUUUUUACUCGACGCCAUUACGGAGGUUUUCGUCGCAAGCGAGAAGGUUGACUGUUCUUUUGCUCGCCAACGCGCGCGCGACACAUGUGGCGACAUUGCACAGCGGUGCCCCCUGGCGGGCAACGUCACGUGCGUCAAGUUUCGUCGCUGGUCGCUUGUUUAGGCGUGUCAUUAGGCGGGCGACGGAAGCGCCCGAACACGCGCACAACCAUUAAUUUUAGACAGGGUCAGCAGUAGUGUAUAGAUUUAUGUAGGUGUAGGUGAUCAGUUCACGGGCAGUGGCAGCGGCUGCAGCAUCAAGAGGACACGCUCGGAGUGUGGCAGCAGCAUCCACACACAGUCUCACACAAACCUCUAUGUGAUUUCACUCGCAACACAUAUCCUCGGGCGGCGGAGGCGGUGGCCGUGUCGCCAUGGCGACGUCCGUCGUGCGCGCGUUUGCACCAUUCACCGCGAAGGUGGGUCGGGUCACGGAGGAGCCGCGUUGCUCCACCCCACCGCCCCACGCAGCUUUUGUUAUGGCGUGUGUUCCAAGGAGACUGCAGGCUGCUUCUGUGGUGUGAUGCGAUCGACUCACGGCUGAAGCUCGUCCAUGCUGCGAGUCACAACACUCUACCAGUCUUUCGGUGAAAGUUUCGUCGCGCUACGUCGCGGCACGCGCGCGUUACUACUUAGCGCUGAAUGAAUUCGAUUGACGUGUGCAUGCGCCACACUAGAGUGUAGCUAACCACCCUCCCCCCCCCCCCCCACCCCCCGCCAUUCACGCGCUAGAGAGCCGUGGAUGUAGUCACGCGAAACCCAGUGCAUGCUCCAAACACGUUGUGAUAAGCGAAUAGGUGCACGAAUGAAACGUCAGUUGUCGUUUGUCGUUUGUUGUUGUUGUUGUUGUUGCUGUUGAUGUUUUCAUUUCUUUUGUUAGUUGUAGCUUAAAUUACUAGCACUUUCAUGCGUGGAAAUCAAACGGCUGAUGAUUUGGUGCGUGUGCAGCAGACGAUAGCUUGGCAGGGGUAUACUAGCGGUAGGCGAUAUUCGAGUGUGUCCGACACUAACUAACGCCCUGUGUGGUAUUCACUGCACAUUUGCUGCAUGGGGUCUCUAAGGUUGCCGACUCGUCACUGGACAUGUCACUUGAGGUAGUGCAUCGUAACUCCAAGGUGCUAACUGACGUUGCCUCCUGUUUUUUGGCCCGGUGCUGUCCAGGAGGUUCCAGGUGUUGCCUCUCGCGGCGUCCGGAUUUUGAACUCGACGAGUCAAAUUGACAUGAUGUAGAAUAUAUACGAGCGCGGCCGUGUAAGUUUUAGAUAUAGCGUGUAAUAAGUAGUUGAUCUCAUGUGUUGUUGGGUGGUGUUUUUAUUACUAUAUGCUCAUUAGACCCAUCUUUGAUUUGUAUAGGUUUAAGACUAGGCCAUUCCAGUGUAGAUUUGAACGUGUUGUAGAUAUAAGUCGGUCAGUCAGUCGGUCCGGUCCGUCAGUCAGUAAAGUGUGCAAAGCUGGUCAUCGAAUGUUCUAUUGUUUGUCGUCGUGUGUGUUAAUCGCCGGUAGUAUUGCGUUCUUUUUAGACGUGCGACGUGUGAGGCUGCAGCUUGCUAGGGUGGUGAGUACGUAGCAGGGGGAAAUUACUAACAGCUGGAGGGUUAGAACUACAGCUGGGAAUAACCAUCACUAAUCUCACCCCAGCGCGACAGUUGACACUGACGCUUGUUCGUCUGCGACAGACGACGACGCUAGCUGUGUGCGUGACUGGGUGACACUAAUCGUGCUCAUGUAACAGUUCACACUAGUUGUGCCACGUGUGUGACAGUUGACACUAGCUGUGUGACAGUUGACAUUAGCUGUGUGACAGUUAACGUCAGCUGCGUGCCAGUUCUAUAGAAUUGUUGAGUAUCUAAUUGUUCAGUUAACUUUAACUGUGUGACAGUUAACAUAAUUAGCUAUGAGUGGGAGAGUUGAAAUUAGCUACGCGGCUAGCUAUGGCCCUAGUUACAUGAGAAUGUUUACAUUAGCUACGCGGCUAGCUAUGGUCCUAGUUACAUGAGAAUGUUUACAUUAGCUACGCGGCUAGCUA